AUGUUUAGCCAUCGUUCGCUGACCAAUGAGGUUGUUUCUCAUAAGAAGGAUAUUGUAGAAGAUAUUUUAUUGAAAAUGGUUACUCUUGGUGACGGGCUGGGUCAUGUGUUGUUAAAAUGCGGCAUUAUAUGGAAUCCCACCCCAUUGCCUCAGUUCAUACAUAGGGCAUCAAGUGAAUGGAAGGUUGAGAUUUUGUAUUCCAUCUCAUUGGCUGUUGUAUUGCAGGUGAACUUUUCUUAUUUUGAAGCAGGAGAAAACAAACAGGCCCUGGUGAAAGUGGUCGCUUGUGAAAGAUGUGCAGAGAAGCUGCUUUAUAAAAAACAGAAAGAGAAGGAAAUAUUCAAACUAAGAGAGGAAGAAGAGCUCCGAAGGAAAAGGGAAAGGUCAGAAAGUGAUGACAUGGAUCAUGAAUACAGGAGGAGGGGAAAGAGAAAAGGAAGAAAAGAAUCAACUUCUGCGGGUAACCUAAAGAUUGAGGAGGAGGAAAACUUUGAUAAGUUUCUCGAAGGAAUGUUUCCUUGA